UAUUGAGCCUCUUCUCCGCGCUGACCACUGUUUUCAUUAUCAAUUUCAAAGUAACUCGCUGUUGCGGUUGUGCGCGUCUUUUGCUCGCGUGUGUGUGCGUGUGUGUGUUUGUAUUGUAUUUGUUAUUGCUUUUGUUGUGUUUGGUGUUAACCCGGUCGUGAGUUAAUACUUGUCCUUUACUGAUUAAUUGUUUUUAUUUUUGUGUAUUCUUAACCCUAGAGGAUACCGCAUUGGUAUUAAUUUACUUCUGCUCAAAAAAAGCAAGAGAUUUUGUACACUCAUUAGUAUACUAAUAAAUUAUAUAGUAUAAUAAUGGAUCAAGAAAGUGGUAUUGGAAGAAGAAGAAGUUCUAGAUUAGCAGCCAAAGGAGUGGUAGCUACACCAAAGCCUGAAAUUAUUAAGAAAACUCCUAAAACCACAGAUAAAUCAAAAAGGCAAAAACGUAAACAAAGUGAAGAAAGACCAUCACCUAUAGCUAAAAAGUCAAAAACUGAUGACCAUACAGUUGAUGAGAAUGAUUCAGAUAUAGAUAAUGAAAUAUCUAACAAUGUAGAAACAGAAUCAGAUCAAGUAGAUACUGUUGCAGUUACAACUAUCCCUAAAAAAGAUGAAGAAACUCCAAUAGUAAUUACAGGUACUUCUGACCCUAAAAAAGUUAUUAUUGAUAAUGCUAGUAUAGAUUCUGAAGAACAGGAAAAAAUGGAUGUUGAAUUACCUUCAGAAAAUAAAGAUGAAGUAGAAUUAACAAAACAAGAAUUACUAAAAGAAGAUUCCAUACAUUCUCAAGUUGAAAAAAUUGAAGAAGAAUCUGUAAAAAUAGGUGAAGUAAAUAAUUUUGAAAAUGGAUUACCUGCAAAAGAUAUUGAUUUACAUUCAGAUAAUAAUGAAAAAGGAAGUAAUGGAGUUAGUAAUUCUUCUUCUAAUGGAACCACAGACGCAGAUAGUAAACAAACAAAUGGUGCUGAAUCUAUAACAAAAUCUGCUGUAGAAGAAAAUAAAAAAAUUCUAUGUGAGGGCAAAAAUCACCUUACAGAGUCUGAAAUAAAUAACUGUAGUACUAUUCUAAAUAACUCCAAUAAUGAUACAACAGAACAGGAAAAAAUUGAAUCAAAUUCAAAAGCUAUUGAAAAAUCAGUAGGCAAUGCAACUAUGUCCUCUGAAGGAAUUGCAUCAAAUGUAGACAAGCCAUCAACAAUUGUUUCCUAAUAUUUUUACUUUUAGGAAUUGAAUGGAAAACACCAUCUAGACUUUUUUGACUUUCUAUAACUGAUAUUUUACCCAUAAUUAGUACCUAUAAUUACGUCUUCUUAUUUUCAUUUCUUUCCUUUAUAUUAUAUUAAACAAAUAUAAAUUUUAUUUACCAAGAUUAAUUUAAGUAUACAAAAUAAAUAUAUAUGUAUGUAUUUUUCUAAUAUAUGUGUAUAUAUAUAUUUAAUUAUAAUUUAUGUAAUGUUUGCUUUUUUUGUCUAAUUGAAGUAUAAUUCAUUUUGCUCUUAAAAAAAAUUGUACAAAUGACUGGGUUGAAAUAAAUUAAUGUUUUAUUAAAUCAUUUUUCACAAGAUAACCAUUAUAAUUAUUUUAAGGUAUAUUAUGGUUUAUAUAAGUGUUGAUUGGUUUUUACAUUUAAUAUAAUUGAAUGUCUUUUUUCAAAAAUAAAUUAAUGAACUUAAUAUUUUUGGUAUAAUAUGGAAUUAUAUUAUUAAUUAAUAAUGUAAUAUAUGAUUAAUUAAUAAUGUAAUAUAUGAUUAAAAUAAAUAAAGAUUACAUAUUAUAAUAAUUUCAUUCAUGAUGACACUUAUUGGGCAUAUUUUUCUUUUCAGAUUUUUAUUUUAUUUUUUUUUGUAUAUUGACUAAAUUUUUGUAAUACUUUACUCAAAUUUCUUAUUUUCAACAUGUAAUGGGUCAUGUGAUUAAAAAAUUAUAUCCUUUAAAUAUAAGUGCAUUCUAGAUAUUAUUUAUUAGAAGUAUUAGUAAAUAUAUUUAAUCUUUCAUUUUUCAAUGGCAUAAUUAUGUAAUAUAUAUAUAUAUAUUUUUUUUUUGUUAAAAAAGUAUUUGUAUUUAAUGGAUGUAUUUUUAAUUUUUGUUUGAUAUAUUAUUUAUAUAAAAAUUGUUGUGAUCUUGAGUA